CUGGUUUUCUCGAAACUGUGCCCCUUUCUAUUUCCACUUCACAUACUCUACUUUUUUAUUAAUAGCUGGAUUUCGUUCUGUUGUUGGCUGGUCCCAACAUUAGCAAUCCACUCUUACCAAAAUAGCAAACCGAAAAAAGAAAAAAUAGUUUUAUUUGCUUGACGUUGCUUCACGGCGCCUCUUGAAAUCACACAUUUAUUAAAAGAAUAUAUAUUCCUCGCUAUUAUUCGAUAGAUCCCUCUUCCGUUCAACAUUACAAAGCCAGAACACAUUCCACAAGUUCCUCACCAAAAUGUACGCUACUCGAGUUGCAAAGCCCAAGCUCUCCCUUAAGAUCAACACCGCAUCCACCGGUGUUCCAUCCCUCUCCCUUCCGUCUCCAGCAGCGAUGGCCAUGCCCAGGACACCACUCUCCCCGUCACCACGCAGCCCAACAGCACUUAACACUGCUCGCAACCAAAAAAUAAGCCAGGGACAUCUGUCUCCCCUACCGCAGCAGCCCACUUUCGCAUACACCAACUCUAGCACUGCCAAGAGUAUUUUGAAAAAGAGCAGUGCUGCCAACAGCGACUUGGCUGCGAAGAGGCGGAUCCAAUUCAAUGGAGAGCCAACCGUCCACUGCGUGACUCCGAUCGAAAAUCCCGAUGAGUACUACGGUACUUACGCCAAGAUGAGCAGGGACGAGAGACGGUGGUCGAGAUUUUCGUGAUUGAAUGAAAGAUUUUUCCUCGAAUGGACGAAAUCAAUCGAAGGGAUAAGACAGUGAAAGAUGUCGGACUCUCAGGUCUUACGCCGCGCCGAGAAACCAACGUUGUUGGAACGAUUCUAUAUGCCAUUAUGAAACGCGGUGAUAAGGACCCAAGUCAAUGGUCGCCUUCUUUCCCGCCGUGGCGGAGCGAUGUGGCGUCUCUGAUCCUGACAUACGAAUCUGGCGAACCUGCACGGAGAUCGGUUGUGUCCGGCUGCCCGUCACUCCUAGAAAGGGCUGUUACCUUUCCUAUAUAUAGGAAUACGAGUGAGUGGAUAAGUCGCCCCAGCUAAACGGAUCCGGCGUCAGGAAUCAAGGUGGAGUUGGGUGGACAUGAUGGUGACCGGUCGUCAAUGGUUUGACCAGGUUUCAGGCUGACAGUACAGUGGAGCACUCGUUAAGUGGAAUAUACUUAUGUUGAGCGAGUCGAACAAUAUCAGUGAAUAGUUAUUUUCUCCGUUU